AUGGAGUCGACUUUCUCAUGCAUGACUUUCCUGGCACUAUCCCUGAUGUUGUUGUGGAUACCAUUCUCAGUAUCGUCAGCAGCUACUGCUGCAGCUGCAGUUCAACCAACCAUGACGUACCCUUGCUCAGUGUGUAGGUGUUCUAUAACUGUGCUACAGCGCGGGCAAUCUAUCGCGGCAGACUGUUCAAAUCUACUACUGACAGAGACACCAUUUGACCUGCCCAGAAAAAUUGGCACGUUGGACAUGUCUAAAAAUGAAGUUAAUUCGUCACAUCUCCUCCACUUGUACAGAUACCCAAAUCUGCGACACCUGAACGCUUCAUUCAAUGCAUUUACGGAUUUUGACGUCAAUUUCGAUAUUUCAAAGGACCAGUUUCUCACAAGGAACUUUCAGAUUUUGACCCUCGACCUAUCUGGAAACUUAUUGAGAUCUAUUGACAACCAUGCAUUUGCAAAUAUGCCAUAUAUUCGUGAAAUCAUAGGGUUAGAAGCACGGGUAUUCCCUCCAGAUUCCCUUAACCAGCUGACCGAUCUUCAGAAAAUCUCUGUCACGUCUCACCAGACCGUUAUACCGGAGAAACUCUUUCAUAAUCUGCGAGUUUCCUACCUAAAGCUAAAUGUCACCGAGGCAUUUUACUUACCGGAAAGAAUCUUCAGACACCCUCACAGAUCUCUUCUCUCUAACCUGUCGAUAAUUGGAGAAAACAUAAAGGAACUGCAUGUCGACACACUGAGGAGUCUUGUGUUAUUGAAACAUAUCGAGAUUGUGGGUCCAAAAAUGCGGUUACCUGCUCAUUUAUUUCACGAUGAUGUCCACGGACCUAACAGUAAUGAAGAAAUGCCAGUUAACCUGAAGACAAUACGAAUAAGUGGUGUCAGAAGUUUACCAAGCACAAUUUUCCACAAACAGAAAAGCUUAGAGCACCUUGAGCUACACGGAGUAGAAGAUCUUCCGUUUGGUUUGUUCGAAAGUGUAACAAUGGAUUCAUUGGAUCUUUCUGGUUGUGAUAUAUAUGAAUUACAGUCGGAAUCCUUUCAGGGAUUAUCGAGCUUGAGAGUUCUGAAUCUGUCAGAUACUCAUCUGACUAGCAUCAAAGUUUCGGCUUUCACUGGUCUGCAAUCAUUAACCAGUCUAGAUUUAUCGAACAACUUUAUUGAUAACAUAGCACCGGCAUUGUUUGACAAACUAAGGAGGACGUUGGUCACUUUAGUGAUUUCUAAUAACUCACUGAAUGCUCUUGACAAGAACGCGUUUAGAAAUAUGAUGUCGCUGGAAAAACUUGACCUUAGCAAAAACAAUAUCAGUAGUCUGCCACUUUCUCUGCUAGGAGAUCUCGGAAAGCUAGCUGAGCUUAAUCUGAAGGAAAACCAGCUACACAAUAUUCCGCCAAACGUUUUAGAAGCACAGGUCAACAUGGAAAACCUUGACCUUGGAACAAACUUGCUGAAUGGACUUCCGUCGAAUGUCUUUGAUACUACGAGGUCCCUCCGUAGAGUAGACCUGUCUGCAAAUAAUAUCACAUUCCUUCCAAAGGACAUUUUCAAGACGACUCGUUUUCUGGAGACCGUUAAGUUGACAGGAAACCCUAUUCAUUGUGGCUGUGAUAUUCUGUUUUUGCCACAGAAUAUUAUUGGUUUAGAACUACAUGGAUACUGCUCGUCUCCAAAGGAGUAUGCCUACAUGCAAAUACAGGACGUGCAGAUCGGCGACAUGUGCAUUUCUACUUCAACACUUCCCACGACGCUCCCUCGUGGAAUCAGCAUUUCCCCUACGCCGGUUGUUACCGUGAGUGAUGAACCAGAAGUAUCCAGUCAGUUGGUAGACAGUUUGGGAAGUACAGGAUGGAUGGUGAGUAGUUAUGUUGGUAUUCAGCCUUCGACAACCCUUUCAGACACUAACAUGUCUGCUCCAUACAACGAUUCCUUCAGAGCAGACGUAGGAAUGGCUCAUGAUGUUGGUCACGUGUUCGGCUCCUUCGGUCUUGAUGGAUUCUAUAUCGCCAUGGGAGUGGUAGCGGCAGUUUCUAUUUUCGGUUCAAUUGCUAUGGCGAUAUACCGAAAAAGGCAAACUUCCCGAAGUAUGGUUUACAUUGUCAACCCGGAAGGGUCGAAUGAUCAGACUAGUGAUGACGUUGUAGGUAGCUUUGCACGUGUAGGUCCCGGAUCUUUUGAUGGCGUUGGGAAUGAUUAG